UCCGCAAAUUUAGUUUACCCGAGACAGUGCCUGUGUAGAAUUCAAGGACUUGCUAGGGUUAAAUUCCUACAAAUUGCAGGGAAAAAAAAUUCCAAAAGAAGAACUUAUCAACUAAUCGGAGAGAAAAUCUCCCAGAAAAGAAAGGGAUGGAAAAUCAGGGGCGCCGGAGAUGCCGAAAACUGGUGCUAGUUCCAUGUCCAUUCCAAGGACACAUAAAUCCGAUGCUUCAGCUCGGCACCAUCCUCCACUCUAGAGGUUUCUCCAUCACUAUUGCUCAUGCCCAAUUCAAUUCUCCUCAAACUUCCAAUCAUCCUGAUUUUGUCUUCCUAUCACUACCCGAUGGCACAUCAUCCAAACCUGCAAUGCCUCACGAUUUUUUACCCUUCAUGUCAAAGCUUAACUUUAACUGCAAAGAUCCAUUCCAGGAAAUUUUAAGUCUUAUGAUAGAGAAACAGGAGCAGGAUGACCAACUCCCCUGCAUCAUUUUCGAAAUAUUCAUGUCGUUUGCUCAAGAAGUGGCUAGCCAUCUGAAGCUACCAAACAUCAUCUUCCACACUAAUAGCGUUGCUACUUUGCUGACGUUCCUUGCAUAUGCUCGACUCAAAGCCGAAGGAUACACUCCUCCACAAGAUUCCACCUCAACAGAGUUAGUGCCAGGGCUUCAUCCCCUCAGAUUUAAGGAUUUACCAGUAACUAAUUUUGCUCAUUUAGAUGGCAUGUGGCGUGUAAUAGCUAUGCUGAGCAAUAUAGGGUCAUCCUCAGCCAUCAUAUGGAAUACCAUGGAUUGCCUUGAACAAUCAGUAUUAGCGCAAUAUCAACGGCAAUGUCAAGUUCCAAAUUUCUCAAUAGGUCCCAUGCACAAAAUUGCUUCGGCGCCCUCUAGUAGCUUACUGGAAGAGGACAGCAGCUGCAUCUCAUGGCUUGACAAGCAAGGCCACAACUCCGUUAUCUAUGCAAGUUUUGGAAGCAUAGCAUCCGUGGAUGCCAAAGAGCUAACAGAAAUGGCUUGGGGCCUAGCCAACAGCCAACAAACCUUCCUGUGGGUGCUUAGGCCUGAUCCAGCUAAGGGAUCAGAGCCUAGUGAUUGUCUUCCUGAUGACUUCAAAGAGACUGUUGGAGAAAGAGGCUGCAUAGUGAAAUGGGCACCACAGCAACUAGUGUUGGCACAUAGUUCUGUGGGAGGGUUUUUGAGCCACUGUGGUUGGAAUUCGACACUUGAAAGCAUAAGUGAAGGGGUUCCAAUGAUUUGCAAACCAGCUUUCGGGGAUCAAUUAAUAAACACAAGGUACAUCAGUCAUGAAUGGGGAAAUGGGUUUGAAUUGGAAAAUGAUUUGGGAAGAGGGGAGAUAGAGAGAGCUAUAAAAAUGCUGAUGGUGGAAAAAGAGGGACAGGAGAUGAGGCAGAGGGCAGCAGAGUUGAAAGAAAAAACUCAAGUUAGUAUCAAGAGCGGCAGUGGACACCCAUCCUAUGAAUGCUCAGAAAUCUUACAGCUCAGUUAUGUAGUGACUGUAUGGAUGUCACUAACUUUGUGCAACUGAUAUGGUAUGAACUUGAUAAAUUUUAUUGAAGGCAAUUAAUAAAAUUGAUCUUAUCUGAGUGUGUUUA